GUAACGGGCCAAAGCAGACAAUAUCUGCAAGCGGUGGGCUUGAGCUGUUACACACUUGCUCGUUUUCGGUAUUUCCACACUCAUUGACCCCCUUGAUACCUUAAACGUGCUACUAGUUUAUAUAGGUUGAUAAGACAAAGAAACACAAUUUAAACAAACACUCCCAAAAUGAUGAUUUUUUUAAGUAAGAGAUCAAAGUAUUGAUAGAACAUAGCUAAAACACCAUAUAGAGGUUUGUCGAGCAAAGUCUUGCCAGGGGAAAAUUAGUUCAUGAUGGUGAAAUGAAACUUAAAACAAACAAGCACUGUAUGACAAAGACAUGUAAAUUUUCUCUUCAGCUUCAAGAAUCAGCAUUUCUAUUUCCAAUGUAAUGGACUUUGUCUGGAAGUAUCUAUGAGUUGACAGGACAUAUAUGGAAACAAUUUACCAAUGAACCUGAAAUUUGUGGUAAAGAAUACAGAGAAUUAUGGAGUGGCAGAAGAAAAUGGAUGGCCCUUUCAUGAGUUGGGCAAAGCCAUGUGAACCAGUAUACUCAAAUAUACCCAACCACCAGACAUCACUACCCCACAUAGCCACUGGGAAGGCCACACUCACCAGCAUAGAUAGCACUUCCUUCAGAAACUCUAUAAAUAUAAACAUCAAAAUGAGCCUCAAACACCAAAUUCAACUCAUUUUUAAGUACCACAGUCACCAGCUAGCCCAUACCAAUCAGAUCAGAACCUGACCUUUUUGACACUCUUUCGAAAAUGGGGAUUCGGUUUCUAUCUUUGGUUCCUCAUGCCAAGCAAAUUCUGAAGAUGCAGCCAGGUUUCACCAAAAACCAGUUGGAUGUUCCAAAAGGCCAUGUGGCAGUUUAUGUGGGAGAAAUUCAAAGGAAGCGGUUCGUGGUUCCAAUAUCUUAUCUAAAUCAUCCGUCGUUCCAGCAACUUCUCAGCCACGCAGAGGAGAAGUUUGGCUUCCAUCAUCCUCAAGGGGGCCUAACAAUUCCUUGCAAAGAAGAUGCCUUCAUCGAUCUCACUUCUAGACUGCACGUAUCUUGAAGGAUGAACAGCAAUGCUCAAGCUGCAAUUUUUUACAACCUUUUCUGGUUGUUUCUGACUCAAUUGUAUUUUGGCCCAUACUAGAAUGUUGUAGAAUGGAAUGCCUUUCUUGCCUGUAAUUGAGUGGCAUAGUAAUGGUGCAUUUACAAUCAAAAGAAAACACAAAUUUAGCGUCAA